CUUCUUAUGUAGCAAAUAUGGAGCGGCCGGUCCGGUAUUUCCACCGCCGACACUGUUCCAGCACUGUACAGUCCACAGUCUCUGGUCAUCCCCUGUACUGUCUGCAGUCUCUUGGUCAUCCCCUUUACUGUCUGCAGUCUCCUGGUCAUCCCCUGUACUAUCUGCAGUCUCUGGUCAUCUCCUGUACUGUCUGCAGUCUCUUGGUCAUCCCCUGUACUGUCUGCAGUCUCUUGGUCAUCCCCUGUACUGUCUGCAGUCUCUUGGUCAUCCCUGUACUGUCUGCAGUCUCUUGGUCAUCCCCUGUACUGUCUGCAGUCUCUGGUCUUCUCCUGUACUAUCUGCAGUCUCUGGUCAUUUUUACUGUGUCUGCAGUCUCUGGUCAUCUGUACUAUGUCCGCAGUCUCUGGUCAUCUUCUAUACUGUGUCCGCAGUCUCUGGUCAUCUCCUGUACUGUGUCUGCAGUCUCUGGUCAUCUCCUGUACUGUGUCUGCAGUCUCUGGUCAUCCCCUGUACUAUGGCUGCAGUCUCUGGUCAUCCCCUUUACUGUCUGCAGCCUCUGGUCAUCUCCUGUACUAUGUCCACAGUCUCUGGUCAUC